CCCUCCUUUUCCUCGCCCCCAUCUUCGGCGCGCCUAGCUCAGGAAGUGCCACGCCCCGCCCCCCACCCCUCUUUCGCCACGAUGCUGCCCGCGGCAGCGGCGAGCGAGCCCCCGGCGGCGGCACGUUCUGGAGGCGCCGCCGCCGCGUCGCGCGGCGCCGCUCGCCCGCAGCCUGCCGGCGCGGAGCGGCCCGCUGGGGCGGCGCCCUCGGGGCGGGCCCGGGUGGAGGCGCCGCCGGGAGCGCCGAUGCUGCGCCUGGGCCGGUUGGCCGCCCACGUGCUGCGGCCCGCGCCGGCGGCGGGCGGCCGUUUCGACGGCCAGGUUUGCGUGGUCACGGGUGCCGCGCGCGGCAUCGGCCUCGCCAUUGCGCUGCGGCUGGCCAAGGAGGGCGCAAAGGCUGUGUGCAUUUUCGACCUGGGCGACGGGUCGGACGCCAUCGCCGCGCUCAAGACAGCCGCGCCUGCGAUCGAGGCGGUCUGCAUGAACGUGGAGCUCACCUCCGAGUCAGCCGUCUCGGGCGCCGUGGCAGAGGUAUUGAGGUCCUUCGGCAGGGUGGACGUGCUUGUCUGUGCCGCGGGCGUCACCGGGAAAACCAACGUGAAGACCCACGAGGUGGACACGGCUGACUUCAGUAAGGUGUUCGACAUCAAUGUCAAGGCGCUGUUCCUGUGUGCCAAGGCGGUGCUGCCGUCCAUGCUGGCGUCAGGGUACGGCCGCAUCGUGAACAUCGCUUCCAUUUCCGGAAAGGAAGGCAACGCUGGCAUGCUCGCUUACUCCGCCUCUAAGGCAGCAGUGAUCGGUCUCACCAAGGUUAUCGGCAAGGACUACGUCAACAUGGGCAAGGACAUCACCGUCAACUGCGUUGCACCCGCGGUGGUGCGGACGGCCAUGGUGGACGCGAUGCCGCCGGAGCAGGUGAAGUACAUGACCGACAAGAUCCCGAUGAGCCGCACGGGGUCCGUGGACGAGGUGGCCGCCACGGUCUGCUUCGCCGCCUCCCCGGAGUGCUCCUUCACGACGGGCUUCUGCUUCGACGCCUCCGGGGGCCGCACGGUGUACUGAGCCUGCGGCCGGCGGGCACGGCCUGUCCGAUCUCCGCGAGGUGCUCGUGCCAUCGCCGAUUGCUGGACACGCCAAGUGCGAUUCUGCGGCAGGGGCGGCACUCAUCGCGUACUUUUUUCUUGCUGGCAAGAGUGAACUGCUAGUCCGAGGAGGAGAGUUUCUGGGCUGGCUGCGGUCUGCCUUCCGAGCUGAAGCUCUGACAGCAGAGUUCAGUCUUGGCUUCCCGUUCCUUCUCCUGAGCAGUUGCGGGUAGAGAUGUACGAGCCGCGUGCGACUUACAUCGAACAGAGCAGAAAAGAGAGGCGGGACGAGGAGACAAUCAGAA